AUGGACCACGACAAUGGCAAUAACUCUAAAGAGGAGAGCCCCCAAUACGGACCGAUACCAGCACCAGCACCAGCACCAGCACCCCCAAUACCACCUCCAAUCUCACCUAUUUCUCCAACCCCAAACCCAACCCCAACCCCAAGCAGUAAUCAAACAAGUACUGUAAUAAUUCAACAACAGCCCCGCAAGAAGCAACACAAAUAUCUCAGCCCAGUCAGUUGA